UGAGAGAUGAUUCCAUCCUUCUCACUCACUCCAUAUCUCAACCGUUUUUCAAUUUUUUCGACCGUUGGAGUCUGGAACUCCACCAUAAGAGAGGCUGUGAAUCAAGGCCAUUCCCACAAAGCACUUAGUCUAUAUCGCCAAAUGAAACAAAAUGGUGUAGAGCCUAACAAUUUCACUUUUCCCUUCGUAGCCAAAGCUUGUUCGAAGCUAUCCUAUGUCAGAAUAUCCCAGAUGGUUCAUACCCACGUUGUGAAAUCUUCAUUUCAGUUUGGUGUCUUUGUGCAAACAGCUGUGGUUGAUAUGUAUGUGAAGUGCGGUCAGUUAGGUGUUGCCUACACUGUGUUCGAGAAAAUGACCGUGAGAGAUGUGGCUGCUUGGAAUUCAAUGAUUCUGGGAUUUGCUCACUCAGGUUUUCUUGAUAGAGUUCUAUGUCUAUUUUGUCAGAUGAUGUUUUCUGGGAUUCGGCCUGAUACGGUGACCGUUUUGGGGUUGACUCAAGUGAGCUCACACUCAAAGAACGUCAAAUUACUGAAAGCUAUUCAAUCGCUUGGAAUUCAACUCGGAUUAGAUGCUGAUAUUUCUCUAGCUAACACUUGGAUUGGUGCCUAUGCCAAAUGCGGUGAUCUUCAUUUAGCAAAGGUCGUAUUUGAUGGGAUUGACUUGGGUGUGAGAUCAGUUGUCUCUUGGAAUUCAAUGAUAGCAGCUUACUCAAACUUCGAAAAGUUUCGUGAUGCUCUAAAUUGCUACAAACUGAUGUCGUGUGAUGGAUAUAGAGCCGAUUCUAGCACUGUUGUCAGCUUGCUCUCAUCGUGUGCACAACCAGAAGCUAUGCUUCAAGGUACUUUGAUUCAUUGUCAUGGAAUUCAACUGGGUUGUGAUUAUGAUAUUUCUGUUGUUAACACUCUUAUAUACAUGUAUUCUAAGAGUGGUGACAUUGUUUCUGCAAGGCUUCUAUUUGACAACAUGCCUUGUAGAACAUGUGUUUCGUGGACUGUUAUAAUUAGCGGCUAUGCUGAGAAAGGGGAUUUAGAUGAGGCAUUGAGAUUGUUUCAUGCUAUAGAAGCAGCCGGUGAGAAACCUGAUUCAGUUACCGUGCUUUCUCUUAUUUCGGGCUUUGGCCAAACAGGAGCACUUGAGCUAGGUAAAUGGAUCCACAGCUAUGCAUUUUCAAACGGAUUAAGACACAACACGGUGGUGUCCAAUGCUUUAAUUGACAUGUAUGCAAAGUGUGGAAGUAUGAAUGAUGCGCGAGACCUCUUUAGCAUCAUGCCCGAAAAAACUCUUGUCUCCUGGACAACAAUGAUUGCAGGGUGCGCUUUGAAUGGUGAAGUUAAAGAAGCUUUCGAUCAUUUCAAUUCAAUGGUGAGCUCAGACAUGAAGCCAAACCACAUCACAUUUCUUGCUGUUCUUCAAGCUUGUACUCACUCUGGUAUCCUAGAGAAAGGUAUGGAGUACUUUAAUAUGAUGACAAGUAAAUAUUUCAUAGAUCCUGGCUUAGACCAUUAUUCUUGUAUGGUGGAUCUCUUUGGUCGUAAAGGAAAAAUAAAAGAAGCCUUGGAGCUAGUUCAAAACAUGCCAGUUAAACCUGAUAUUGGUAUUUGGAGCUCGUUGCUUAGUUCUUGUAAGAUUCAUAGAAACGUAGAAAUUGGCAAGUAUGUAUCCGAUCGUCUGUUCGAGCUAGACCCUUUGGUUGCAGUCCCAUAUGUUGAGAUGGCUAACAUAUAUGCAUCAGAUCAAAGGUGGGAUGAUGUUGCGGCAAUAAGAAAAAUGAUGAAAAGUAAUAAAGUGAAGAAAUUCCCAGGGCAAAGCAUUGUCCAAGUGAAUGGUAAUCGUCAUGUUUUUGGAGUUGAAGAUAGGGGUCAUUCUGAGGAUUUGUUUAUAUAUGAGGUGUUAGAUAGUUUGUUUUUGCAACUGAAAGAAGAAGAAGAAUACUCAGUUCAGUUAAACCAGGAAUAUGAUCUCCAUUGAAGUUUUUCUUUA